AUGGUUUCUCUGAAUGAUCCCUCCUGUCUAUCACGUUUGUCUAUCCUCUUUCGAGAAACAGCAACGUAUUGCCAAAUUACACAGGAUGAAGUCUGGGUAAUAAUGACAAUAACAGUAGCAACAGUAGCAGUGGUAGCAACAAUAGUGGUAGUAAAAGAAACAUUGAUAAAAAUACUUCCAGACCACGAAAUAUGGGUGUUCGAGAUCUUGCUCGAAUAUGGUGUCCUUGUGCCACUCAAUGACAAGUUUCUUGUCUGUACACAUCCUGUAAAUAGCGUCCUGACUCCCCUGACAGCAUGUUACUCUCCUGGAUGUCUUCCGACCAAGACAUGUUACGCUCCCCUCUGUCCACACCGUCCACCCGGCCCGCUCUGUCUCUAUCCACUCCAGCUGACCUCUAUAAUAGACCCUCUGAUAGACUAUCCCGCACACCUCAAACGAGCAAAGUCUCUGCUGUCCAAUCCACAGCAGUUCAAACAACAGGCCGCCAUUGCUGAACUCGUAGCCUCAGAACAACACUACCUUGCCGACCUCCACAUUCUUCACCACACAUACGCCAAACCCAUUCUUGAAGGCCUGUCAGGUAUCGAAGAAAUGCGUCGCAAAAAGUUUCAUGACAUCACUUUUGGAAACCAUGUCCGGAUCGCCUCUCUACACCAGCACCUCUACACAGAUCUCACACGCCAAUGGGAUCCCGACCAGAAGCUCUUUUCGGGCUGUGUCGGAACAGUCCUCACAAAACACCUCGCCGGCCUCGUCGACCCUUAUGUCCUCUACGCAUCCUCUCAUGCCAAGGGUGCCUUUGUAAUCACGGCCGAGUUACACAAAAACAGUGCAUUUACGGCCUUUGUGUCCUGCCAGGACAAUCAUCCCAAAACCCGGCGACUUGGCCUACGCCACUACCUCACCCUGCCCACCCUGCGCAUGGGACGUCUGCGUCUCCUGGUCCAAGCCAUUCUCAAGCACACGACCCAGCCUGACCACAGACUCGCUCUCGAGGCCUCCCUGGCUGGCCUGCACAAGCUUCUGGAAACCCUUAACCAGGUCUCUGGAAAGGCUACCCAGCAGGCCCGCAUUCUCCAGCUCGCAUCGGCCCUAACCGUCCCUGCCGGAACCAAUGCUCGUACCCACUGCCUGCCCGACAACCCGACCCUGCUGCACGAAGGCCAGCUCCAGCUCGUAAAGUCAGUCCACUCCCUCGGCCCCAUCCAGGUCCACCUGUUUCUCUUUGCACACGGCGUGUUGGUCACCCGGCGGCAGGUAUCUCCAGAAGACGGCUACGAAGAAUUCACAUUGGUGGAUGCCAUACCGACCAAGAUGCUUCACGUCGGGCCGAUAUCCCUCUCUAGGAUUUCGUCGAUGCUCAAUACAAAGCCCAGAAGAACCGGUCUGUUUUCAUCCUUGCGUCGCAGGUCAGGCGAUGGCACCCUAUCACGAUGGUCACGUUUCCGCACAAGUCUCAAACGACAAAAAACAGCACCUGCUUCGCUUGUCAAUCACUACACUCACACUCAGACUCACACCCAAAGUCAUAGCAACGAUCACGAUCACGAUCAUCAAAAUCAAAAUCAAAAUCAGUCUGUAUCAGCAGCAAUACCCCAAAGUGAUUCUAGAGGAUUAUUUGGCAGGGCUCGUAGACUCACACUUUGUCAUCGAGCUUAUCCCGAGAACUCACUUCGGUUCAUGUGUUCGUCCGUCGACGAAUACAAAUUGUGGCAAGCACAACUUAGAUUGGCCUUGGUCGACCAGAACAAAGGACCGUUUGUCCUAAAGGGCCUGUGUGACCUACCGACCAGUUCCAAUCAACCGAUCAUUGUGAAUGGAGCAUCAAUGUUUCCCACAAGUUGUGGAAAAGUCUGGUGUACACUUGGUUUCCAAAUUACAGGUGAUUCUAAACCAAGAAUUGCUUUGGGUACGCAGCAUGGGCUCUGGACUGGGCCUUGCGAUGGAUCGGAGGAAUUCCAACUGGUGCUCAGUCACCACGACUGCCAACAGAUGGCCAUGCUCGACAAUCAGACCAUGAUUAUCCGAUCCCGGCGAGAAAACAAGGCGUUAUAUGCCUAUGAUGUUGAUAAACUUGCGAAUCCUAGAUUGAGAGACCAGGCUGGAUUGGUUGUCAAGCAGUCGUCGGUGCUGUGUUUCGGGAUCGGUCGCCAUGGCAGCCAGACUAUCCUCUGUUAUCUCAAGUACACUCGGAUGGGAAGAGUCGUGGCCGUAGUGCUGGUAAAGACAGCAUCGACCGACGCGGCAAUGUUACCGUCUUUUGGCUGGACCAAAAAGACAAAGGAGUACGGAGUUAGCAUCAAGGAUCCCUUGAGUGUAUUGGUAGACCGGGGCAGAUUGCUGAUUCGGUCUUUGACGGAGGGAGUUGAGUGCAUUGUUCUGGAUGGUAAAGAGAGCGAGAGGAUCAUACUGCCUCCAAAACAGACCAACUAUAGUGGCAGUAUCAGUAGUACAAAGCCGAGUCUGCGACUUGAGGAUCCUGCACUGAUGACGAUUGAAUAUAUUCCACUCGCUGCAAAUGGCCACGGGCUGAUCUGCAGUGGAUUGACAGCCUGGCCGGUAUUUUAUUCUCAUUCACAAAUGAAGACCCGACCCAUGACAGAUCGUCUUUCUGCCUUUCAUUUCGAGUCGCGGGCCACUGCGGUUGUGCUGGUCUAUCCAUACUUGGUCAUCUUUUCUCAUUUUGUGAUUGAAAUACGCCACCUACCAACUUGUGAAUUAGUACAGACUAUUGGUGGAAAUCAAAUCCGAUGUGUCUACAGCUCUCCGCUCCAAGCAACAGGUGAAGACGGAACGAUGCAUAUUACGAUGCUUCAUCCCGAUGACCGUGUUACCCGAGUUUACCAGCUCUCCUUAGCACCGCUUUGA